AUGUCUUUGAUUACAUUUGAUAUUACGAUUUUUAUCAUUUCAGAGCUGAGAGAUGUGCAACGCUACUGGGUUCCUGUGACCCUGACUCCUCCAGAGCGUAAAUCAAAUGUUGUCAUUUCUGCGGAUGGAAGUCGAAUGAGUUAUGUGCAUACUUUUGGACAAUCCAAUGCAUAUUUGAAUGGUGAUUUUCAAGACCCUGGUGUCCUAGGCUCCCCAUUUAUUACAACAGGAAAACAUUACUGGGAGGUAGAUGUGUCACAGAAACGUGCCUGGAUCCUUGGGGUAUGUGAUGAAAACCGACAGAGAAAUUUUAUGAGACUUUUAUCCCAAGAACAUGAAAAUUAUCAACCUGUUUGCUUGCAGUAUCAACCUAUAUGUAGCUACUGUGUUAUAGGGUUACAGAGUUUCCAGUAUUACGCAUUUGCCCCGUCUCCCUCCUCUGAUCCCUUAAAGAUACCCCUCUCCCUGAGUGUUCCUCCCUGGCGUAUUGGGGUUUUCCUAGACUAUGAUGCUCGCACUGUCUCAUUUUUCAAUGUCACAAACAACGGGUCUCCCAUCUAUAAAUUCUCUUCGUGUUCCUUUCCACAGAAACUGUAUCCAUAUUUCAAUCUUAUGAAAUGUGAGGCCUCUAUGACUCUGUGCUCACCAGGCUCCUAAACUUUCUAACACUCACACCCACUUCUUUCUCCUGCCUCUUCUUGUGCGUGCAUCUAACCCGCCUGAGCUCAUUUGCACCAUCCCUCCGUUUUCCUUUCUUCCAUCUACUUUUUUUUCCAUUUGAAUGUUUUUCAAUCAUCAGUUAGGCUAUUCAGCUGGCCUUGUGUCAUAUUUUUUGGUUCAAUAUCAUGUCUCGAUUAAGAGAAAAUCUUAAUUCAUCAUUUUCCAUACCCCAAGAAAAAGUGCUUACUGCCAUACAAAGAAGGAGCAGUCCUGAUGGAACACCUCUGCAAAUUUUUACAGCCUCAUUUCCUUGGCACUGACCAAGAAGAGG